CGUUCGUGAUACCGUAGUGACAGGGCUUUUUUUAAUGUAAGUUAGAUACCGGUACUGUUAGUACCAAGAAGUGCUAAUAAUAUCAAAAAGACGUGACAAUAUAGUAAAAAUGAGAAAGAAAAUGCGAAUACAAUGAUCAUGUUGGCUGUGAAUUAUUACUGAAAGACUUUUUAUUUUAAUAACAUAUAAUAACACAAAGGUUGAACAAAACAUCCUGACACAAAAGUGGAGUCAAGAUCAUGCCAAAAUCAGUGCCUGUGGAAGACCUUGUGAUACCACCACAGGAUGGUCGUAUCUGCGGAACUAUUUGUAUCUGUCAGAUGACAGCAGUCUUAUCAUCAGUUGCCCUAGUAUAUCUUACAGUAGCCAUUUAUAUGCCUAGUACACGAGCUUUCUCGUCUGGAAUCACUCCCGUCCCUGUUAUGUGCACUACAAUACGCACUGUAAAUGCUGACAACUGUGACUGGGGCAGCUGUGGUGAAUGGUGUCUAUCAAAGACAUCAGGACCGUGUUCACAAAUUCAUGUCAAUUUACGUAGAAAUGGAUCCACCAUACUCUUGGCAAACUGUACCAAUAUAACAAAUAAAACUUGCUAUGGUAUUGACCAAGAGAAUGCUAAAAAGUCCAAGUGUAUAGCAGAUGAAUGUAAAAAUCUCACAGGUACAUUCAAUUGUAGCGCGGGUGUUUGUAUUAAUAUUACUGAUGCCUUUGAGUGCAAUUUCCGUGACACCGAUCCACCCUUAAAGUGUUCUGGAAGACGUGGUAAAAUCACGUGUAUAGCCAUAGAUGGAUUGUUUAAUUGUAAUCGAGGGACUUGUGAACGAAUUAGGACACCUUACAAUUGUGAUCGUAGAUGUGUUGAUAUCCCUACCAGAAAUAAAAAUGUCAUAUUGCUAAGUGGGGACAAAGUGUAUCUGAGUCAAUGUGAGAAAGCUUUAGAUGUUGAGACUAAUAGAGAAAUUUGGAAUGAAAAUAGAGAUGAUGUGAUGAUGGCAUCUUGUUAUGGCAUUUAUAAUUCUAGUUUAGGUAUUGAAGCUGUUGAUUGUAUUAAUGGAUCAGUAUUAGAGAAAAAUAUGCUCACUGACUUAACUAAUUUUACAUACUUAUCAUAUCUUAAUUUGUAUGCUACCAAGCUGCUCGACGAAACCGGAAAUGUAACGCCACCUGAGCAGAACUUGAUAAUAGCUAAUGAAAGUCGAUUAUUAAUUAAUCUUGAGGGUUGUGUCAAUACAUUACGUGAUGAAUGUAAAGAUUUCCUGCAUGAAUAUGGUAAAGAUGGUUCUGAUCAUAAUGCAAGAGCUAGAUUUCCUUGUUUUUAUGCUAAAGACAAAACAGAAAUUGUAGUAUCGAGGUUCGACCUUGAAAAUACAUGGAAAGAAUUCCUUGUCUCAUUACUGUUACCUAGUAUAUUAUUUGUUGUAAGUUGCUUGACAUUAAUUCUCUGUCAGAGAACUGUGGUUGUUGGUGAUGAUGCGAAAAUGAGGUUCAAGCUAGCUGGAGGCAUGAGUGACAUUCAGAAAAGCACUUCUGGCACUUUGGGUGAUGCUGGUGGAGGAGAUUCUGUUAUGGCACUCUGAGAUCCGUCACGCAUUCCCCUCCUGGAGGAGAGCCCAGCUCGCCAAUCAAUAUUCUCCUUACGCGGGCACUAUUAAAAGUGUACAAGAAAAAGGAAAAAGAACAGAAUGAACAUGUUGAAGGAGGGGAACGCGUGAUUAAAAUUAAAUCUCCAUACUUUUAGAUCAAUUGUCAGUCGAAGAAAAAAAAACAUAAAGUAAUUACAAGGAAAAUCAAUAAUCAGAUAACGCUAUAAAGUGCAGCAUGAUUUUCCUAUAUUUGCACUGCCUGUAUAAAAGAUUAAAUUUAAAAUGAAUAUAUAAAUUGUUGGAAAUAUAUACACGUGUUCAAAAGUGAUAGUUUAACAGAAUAAUGAAAUGAGAAUAAUGAAUAUUACGAGUAACGUGAAGGGAUAAUAAUUCUUCAACAAAUAAAUACAAGUGCGAAAUUCGUAUUCACGCUUCCACGUCGAUACUUAAUAUAAACAAAUGAUUAUUUUGCAUUACAAAAUCUAUAAACACUAAUUACACUAUAACGGCAUACGUACCAAUAAUCUGCAAUGAAAAAAUUAAUUAUUAACAAUAUUAGAUAGGAACAAUAAUUAUAAUAAUAACAAUAAUGAUAAUUUAUAGCAUAUUUAAUAAGCACUACAUAUUAAAUCAUCUGGUUCGUUGGAUUAAUUUUUUUAUUUUUGGUAAUUGAUAAAUAAAUUAUUCAACUGGCAGGCGACCGGUUUGUACAAUCACUCUCUCUUUCUCUCUUUACCAUAAUAAAUAGAAAUUAACUGCAGUAGACAUAAAUAAAUAAUUAUUCUGUACCCGAGGAAAUGUGAACAAUAGUUGUUGAUAAUUUUUUAUUUAACACAAGUACUCCAUAUGUAAUAUAAAAUUUACAGACGU